AUGGGGUCUGAUGCCGAAAAAGAUAUGGUGGCCACAACUACGACCCAUGAUAGCUCUGCAAAGACCAUGUCUAUGGAAGAGCGAGAAGUGGCAGAGGCAGCAGCUCGCUAUGGCUACGGACCUCUAGCCAACGGAAGCAACAAUCUGGCUGCGUUUGGUAAAUUCCAGCCAUCGUCUGAACCACCACCGCUUCCCAAGUCCAUUGCGAACCCGGGACCGCUAGGACUGUCCGCUUUCGCUCUCACCACUAUGGUCCUCAGUCUUAUCAACAUGCAAGCUCGCGGAGUCACCGCUCCUCAUUUAGUCGUCGCGUCAGCUUUUGGAUAUGGUGGUCUGGUGCAGCUCCUUGCUGGGAUGUGGGAAAUGGCCGUUGGAAACACCUUUGGAGCGACUGCGCUCUCCUCGUACGGUGGAUUCUGGAUCUCCUACGGCAUCAUCUUCACCCCGGGCGGCUUCAAUAUCAUUGCAAAUGUUGAGAAGGCCAACGGCGCAACUGGUAUCAACAACGUAACUGGUUUCUGGCUGAUGUCCUGGUGGAUUUUCACAACUCUCUGUCUCGCCUGCACGCUCAAGACAAACAUCGCUUUCUUCCUCCUUUUCCUCACCCUCGACCUCGCAUUCCUGUUCUUGGGAGUUGGUCACCUUAUCGAGUCCGCUCCUGGAAAGGUUUACACACCGCUUAUCAAGACUGGUGGAUUCUUUGGAAUACUCGCUGCCUUGCUUGCCUGGUACUGUGCUCUGUCCGGCAUGGCUGAACCAAACAACAGCUACGUUAAAUUCCCUCUUGGACGGCUACCAUGGAUGGGAAAUCAGCGAGUUAAGACUGAGCGUGAGGUGGUUUAA